UGCCGUCUGACUGAUGUGGUUCUUUAUUCUGUUUCAACAAGAGUGUAGAGAUUUCUCUUUGACAGCCCCUGUACUCGUCGAGUCAAAUUUGAACCCAUGGGCAGAGCUGAACUAACUGUAACAUCUGAGGCGCGAAUUGAGCAGUGUUUUUCUUGUAGUCGUAAAGCUCUAGCUUCUGAGCUUGCCAGCAUUCCCGUUCCAUCUUCUACCUCAAUCUUAUACUACUCAGGAGUCAAGAGGGUUCGUCUGACAGGGAUGUUUGAGGGAAAUGUUGAGCAUAUGCAGGACAACUCUGAAUACAUUCACCUUGUGGCUCCCCGGGGCCUUGAGAGGUUUGUGCCAUCAGGUGCAGAGGUACUUGGCUAUGGUGGAUGGGUGAAGGAGGUGGAGGUGGAAGAAGAUGUGAAGGUGCUUGGCUAUGGUGGAUGGGUGAAGGAGGUGGAGGUGGAAGAAGGUGUGAAGGUACUUCGCUAUGGUGGAUGGGUGAAGGAGGUGGAGGUGGAAGAAGGUGUGAAGGUGCUUGGCUGUGGUGGAUGGGUGAAGGAGGUGGAGGUGGAAGAAGGUGUGAAGGUGCUUGGCUGUGGUCGAUGGGUGAAAGAGGUGGAGGUGGAAGAAGGUGUAAAGGUGAAGAGGGUGGAGGAAGAAGAAGACAUGAAGGUGCUUGGCUAUGGUGCAUGGGUGAAGGAGGUGGAGGUGGAAGAAGGUGUGAAGGUACUUGGCUAUGGUGGAUGGGUGAAGGAGGUGGAGGUGGAAAAAGGUGUGGAGGUGCUUGGCUAUGGUGGACUCUAAGCCUCUAGUCCCUACCUACUUGUGUGGUCUCAACGUGUGAACCAUUAGAAAACUCGGAUUUUCGACAUUAGAAAACU